ACUUGCACCUGGCAGCCGAGCUCGGGAAGACCCUGCUGGAGAGGAACAAGGAGCUGGAGGAGUCCCUGCAGCAGAUGUACUCCACCAAUGAGGAGCAAGUGCAGGAGAUUGAGUACUUGACCAAGCAGCUGGACACGCUGCGGCUUGUGAAUGAGCAGCAUGCCAAAGUGUACGAGCAGCUGGAUAUGACGGCCAGAGACCUGGAGCUGACCAACCAGAAGCUGGUGCUGGAGAGCAAGGCUGCCCAGCAGAAGAUCCACGGGCUGACAGAAACCAUUGAGCGCCUGCAGUCCCAGGUUGAGGAGCUGCAGGCCCAGGUGGAGCAACUGAGAGGCCUGGAGCAGCUUCGGGUUCGCCGGGAAAAGCGGGAGCGCAGGAGAACCAUCCAUACUUUCCCCUGCCUGAAGGAGCUGUGCACAAGCCCCCGCAGGUGUGAAGAUGCCUUCCGCCUGCACAGUUCCUCAUUGGAGCUGGGCCCUCGGCCCCUGGAGCAGGAGAAUGAACGACUGCAGACCUUGGUGGGGGUGCUGCGUUCCCAGGUGAGCCAGGAGCGACAGCGCAAGGAUCGUGCAGAGCGCGAGUACACAGUGGUGCUCCAGGAGUACACGGAGCUGGAGCGACAGCUGUGUGAGAUGGAGGGCUGUCGCCUGCGCGUGCAGGAGCUGGAGGCCGAGCUGCUGGAGCUGCAGCAGAUGAAGCAGGCCAAGACCUACCUGCUGGCCCGGGAUGAGCACCUGGCCGAGGCUUUGCUGGCGCCCCUCACUCAGGCCCCUGAGGCUGAUGACCCCCAGCCAGGCAGUGGGGAUGCCUCCAAUGCCCAGGAUGGUGUCUCCUCGCCUGCAGCCUCCCCCAGCCACGCAGUGCGCAAAAGCUGCAGUGACACUGCGCUCAAUGCCAUCGUGGCCAAAGACCCAGCCAGCCGUCAUGCUGGCAACCUCACGCUGCACGCCAACAGCGUGCGCAGGCGCGGUAUGUCUAUCCUGAGGGAGGUGGAUGAGCAGUACCACGCGCUCCUGGAGAAAUAUGAGGAGCUCCUGAGCAAAUGCCGGCAGCAUGGUGCCGGGGUGCGGCACGCGGGCGUGCAGACCUCGCGGCCCAUCUCCAGGGACAGUUCAUGGAGGGACCUACUGGGGGGCGAGGAGAGCCAGGGAGAGGGUAAGACGGGUGAGAAGAGCCUGAGCCAGCACGUGGAGGCUGUGGAUAAGCGGCUGGAGCAGAGCCAACCCGAGUACAAGGCACUCUUCAAAGAGAUCUUCGCCAGGAUCCAGAAGACUAAGGCAGACAUCAAUGCCACCAAAGUCAAGACGCACAGCAGCAAGUGACCCCUCUAGGCCUGCAGCCUCCCCUCCAAGGGGGGUCCCUCAUGCCUGGAUGGCAGCCUCUUGAGAGCCCUAGCAGGUGGCUGGAGCAUGAGCAGGAAGGCCUCUCUGACCUGGGGACACAGCAUGUUUCCUACUGAUGGCUUGGAUUGCCUGCCCUGCUGCCCUGACCGCUUUGCUUCAGUUUGAAGGCACAGCUCAGUUUAAAAGCCAAACACCUUCCCUCACUGUCCCUGGGGGCUUCUCAGCUCUCUGCUUCUAGACCCCCCUCCCCCCGCCUUACCCCCAGAUUGUGGCCAGUCUUCUGCAAGACUUUCUUGCUCAGCUGGCUUCCCCCACCCUACCCCUUACCCACAAAUUUCUUUUUCUGAGAGAUCUGCAAUGCAAGGUCUCCUUGAGCCUUGCCGCAACUGGAAACACUUGAAAGGGAACCUCAGAGCCAGCCAUUGCUGGUGUCUGGGGUCUCCUCGACCAUUCACUGCGUUCUCUGCCAGCCAUGACUGUCAUUCCCAUAGAUGUACCACUCCCAGAGUUCUGAGCAGGGCACGGGUAGCUCCCACUUUAUAGAGCAGGGCCCCCUCCAGCCCUGGCAAAGACCUUCAGCUCCCCACAGAUCUGCAGCCAAUUUGAAUACAGGAAGAGGGAAGCACUCAACAGCCAUACAUGGGUAGUGUCCAUUUCCUCUCAGAGCCGACCUCCUCAAGCUCCAUCCCUGGAAAUACCUUCUGGGCGUGAAGCCUUCCAGGGGCUGGGCUGGGCUGGGCUGGGGUGGGGGCUCUAACACCUGCUUCCCUUCCCUUCCCCGCUCCUGCCCCAUCUCAGGGACCAUGACGUCUCAUCCACUCCUCACUUCCUCAGGCCAGCCCCAGUACAGUUCCCAUCUGCAGCCUCCAGAAUGUCCUGUUCGGGUCCCAGUGUCCAUCCCUGUCUUUCACCAGGGACUGUAAGUUCUUUACUCCAUGUUAAGUAUUCUUAAAUCGAGGAAGAAAUUCCUCCUUUCCCAUGUUCCUACAGAAUGCCUGCUCUUUACCUCCCACCUUUGGGGGGGGGGCGCUUUUGAGGUCCAACCUGGGUCAGGGGUUCAAUAUUUUAGUACAAAAGUUUCAGCAAGUCCAGCUUUGUCUAAGAGAUGCCCAGGUCCCCAGCUUGCCUUCAGCAGUCCUUCCGGGCUUCUGGUUCCUGUCUGACACCCUUUCCAAGACCCCAGAAAUCAAAGGAGCCAUAGAAUCCAGUGGGAGGCGGUGACUGCCUCUGCUGGCAGCCCAAUGGGAACCCUCAUGCCUUACCCCCUUCUUAUGGGUAAAGGGGCUUUCUUAUCAAGCAUGUCUGACAUCCCUGGAGAAGCAACCUUGCUCCAGGUGACACUGUGACGCCAGAGGGCAUCUGGGUCUUUCUGCUCGUGCAACUUGGAACCUUUCGUCCUUUGGGGCUGGGCACCUCCGGGCCCUCUGAAUCUCUCUGUCAUCUAGGGUAAAGGAGGCUGCUCAAGCCUGUUCACUCCCAGUUCUGUAGCAGCCGACCAGUGUCACCUUUGAAGUAUACAUGAGAGAAAUAUAUUUACAAAUGCUUUAUUCUCUUCUUUAAUAAAAAAUGCACCAGUAUUCUAAAAGCAGAAAUGG